GUUAGGCGAUAGCGGCAGAGCGGGAAGUGCCUAAAUGGCGUUGCCAGAAAAACAGCGUUAGCUACUUCACAUGCUUAUGUUUGGCUAUGCCUAUAUAAACGCAGCCGGCGACUCCACCCACCUACGCGAACAUUGUUGCAGGUUCCGAUAUCCAUGGCGUCGUCUCUGCUCUUCUCUGCUUCUUUCUUCGGGCACCCAAUUCCCAUCUCAAUACGAACAAGAACAGCUCCAUGUAGAAGAAGAUCUAUGGCCAUUGAGGCUUCAAAAGAGGUUACGGAUGUUUCUUCUCAAAAUCAACCCAGGAUGCUCACUUUUCUUGGCAAAGGAGGCUCAGGAAAGACUACUUCCGCAGUAUUCACCGCUCGGCACUUUGCAUUGUCUGGACUGCGCACAUGCCUGGUGAUACAUAAUCAAGACGCUACUCCUGAGUAUCUUCUUGAUUGCAAAAUUGGAAAUUCUCCCGUUGAAUGCAGUCACAACCUUUCAGCUGUUAGGUUGGAAACCACUCAAAUGCUUCUUGAACCUCUUAAACGGCUAAAGCAAGCUGAUUCCCGUCUUAAUAUGACACAAGGAACUCUUGAAGGGAUUGUUGGAGAAGAGCUUGGGAUACUCCCAGGAAUGGAUUCUAUCUUUUCAGUACUUCAGCUUGAGAGAUUUCUUGGGUUAUCAGGUAUUAUGGCCCAAACAGACCAAAAAGCUAAAUAUGACAUAGUAGUAUAUGACGGUAUCUGCACCGAAGAAACGAUAAGGAUGAUCGGAGCAACCAGUAAAGCAAGGUUGUACUUAAAAUAUCUGAGGAGUAUUGCUGAAAAAACUGAUCUUGGGAGGUUGGCUACUCCUUCAAUUAUGAGGCUUGUUGAUGAAGCCAUGAAUAUAAGCAGCCCAGGCUCCCAUCUCAGUGGUAGAACCAGUACCGAUACAUGGCAGGCACUGGAACACAUGUUAGAGAAAGGAUCUUCUGCAAUUGCAGAGCCAAGAAGAUUUAGCUGCUUCAUAGUGAUGGACCCAACUAGUCCUGCCUCUGUGAAGUCUGCAUCACGGUACUGGGGUUGCACUAUUCAAGCUGGUGCACAAAUUUCUGGUGCAUUUGCUUCCAUUUCUUCAGGCUUGGAUGCAGAAUCAGCUGCUAGAUUGAAGGAGAAUUUUUCACCCUUGCCUUUGGCCUUUAUGCCACAGAUCUCAGUUGGUUCCCCAGUAGAUUGGAACACAGUUCUUCUUGAUGCAUCAAGUAAAGGCCCGAGGAACCUUCUUUCUUCGUCCAAAAGCCACUCCACCAAUCUGCCAUCACCUGUAAAAUUCAAUCCUGGAAACAAAUCGGUUACACUUCUCAUGCCAGGCUUCGAGAAGUCAGAAAUCAGGCUUUACCAGUAUAGGGGAGGAUCUGAGCUGUUGGUGGAAGCUGGGGAUCAGAGGCGUGUAAUUUCUCUGCCUAAAGAAAUUCAAGGUAAGGUGGGUGGUGCCAAGUUCACGGACAGAAGUCUUGUGAUUACAAUGCGUUGAUGUAAUCAAUCACACAGACUCAAAUCAUAGUAAUUGUCAAUUAACCAAGGCCCUGUUCAAGGGUCAUAAGGCAAAUGUACAAUGAUUAUAAUCUGCCAAAAGGUUUAGGAUACAAAAUAUUCAGAGGAAAAAAAUAGUGCAGGGCUUCGAUUGGGGCAGAGAAUUUGCAAUUUGACUUGAUAUUGUUUAAAAUGAGGCAUCAAAUGAUAAUUUUAUUUCCCAUUCA